AUGGGUAAUCAAACGGAGUCUAAAGACGACAUCAAGGUGUUUGCUGAUUCAUUGAACUCGAAAGAGGACACCGGUUGGUGGCGUGGUUUCCGGUUUGCAAAUGGACCUUCAGGGGGCAUCGGCAUGUUCCCUGCUAAUCGAGUUUCACUCCUCCCUCUACCCUAUCAACAAAAGCAACCUCAGGCAGCAUCUGAUGCUCAGCUUCAGUCCACCGAGAGGAAGGGUAAAAUCGAUUUUUGUGUUACAUAUGGUGGGUCUUCUCCGUUUCCUCCUGUAGGUCACAUAGACAGGUGUUUUGAUUGUAUACUCCUAAUCUGUGAAGGUGCUUCGCCAGAUUUCCUCCUAGAAUCAGAUGGGUCUUCUCCAUUUCCUCCUGUAGGUUUCACAUCAGGUGGGUCUUCUCCAUUUCCUCCUGUAGGUUACAGAUCAGAUGGGUCUUCUCCAUUUCCUCAUGUUCAAGCAGAUGUUGCAUCAAAUUGUUCCUCCUCAGAGGAAGAUGACGAAAGCGAGAUCAAUGAUUCAAGUGGAACCUCCCAAAAAGCCGAGAUCUCAACUAUCUCCAGUGGAAUCGACGAGACAUCUCCGCAGAAUGAUUUUGAAGGUCUUCAGAAGGUUGAUGAUCUUAUUCCAUCGGCCAUGCCUGUGCCUCUAAGAUCGUCAAUGUUGAAUGCUUCUGCUAGCAUGGCAACUGAGCCUGGACAUACAAGCAACUUGUUGAUCAAUUCCAGCAAUCGAAAUAGUGCCACAAGUUUGGAUAGUGGACGUGGAUCGGCCUAUGCUACAAGCUCAGAGGGAUUAAAAAUGGUAAUCAUAGCAUCCUUCUUGAAACGGCAUAAUUCAUACGUAUAUUGA